UAAUAAUGAAAAUGGUAUCGAUUCGAAUAAUAAUAAUAAUAAUAAUUCAUCGAAAUUAUUCCAUCCAACAAAACAAAGGCCAAAAAUACCAUCAAAUUCUCGACGGCCACCUUCACUUUAUUUUGGUAAAGAUUUCGAUCCAAAUAUGAUUGAUGAAGAAAAUACUGGUGCUCAUUCAUCAUCAUCAUCAUCAAUGACAAAUGAUACGCAACCACAAUCGCCUUCAAUCGCAGCAGCAGCAGCUGCAAACGUUUCCUCUACAGAAUCCUCAUUAAAUGGUGAUAUCGAUAUUCGACAACCAAUAUCACCAUCGGAAGGUGGCAGUACUGGCGCUAGCAAUAGAGAAAUCGGUGGCGGAUCUUCAUCACAAAAAUUAUUACCAUGGAUGUUAGAAUUACGUGAAGCACAAGAAGCUAAACGUCAACGUAAUAUAAAUAAAUUCGAUAAUACAGAUUCAUCAUCUUCAACAACAGCAACAAUAACAACAACAACAACAACAACAACAACAGCAACAACGUCGACAGUAGCAUCAUCAGCCACCCCCAUUUCCAAUACAACCAUGACAAACAAUAGUCCAUUGCAAAAUUUAUUAAAUAAAACGGCCUUAUCUUCAUCAUCAUGUACAUCUACUCCAUCAUUAUCAUCAUCAUCUAUAAAUACGACGGCAUCAACGUCUACACCGACAACAAUAACAACAACAAAACCAUUUGUAUCGAAACAAAAUAAACCAAGUUUAUUGAAUCCUACUAAUACAAAUCUUAAUGAUUCCACAACAACAAAUACAACUACGACCACACCUACAACAUCAUCAUUAUUAUUUCCAUCGUUACGUUCAUCGGCUAAUAAUAUUAAAAAUAACUUGAACAAUUCAAUUAUAACAUCAACAACAACAACAACGUCUACGGCAACAACAACAACAACAACAACAAAUGAUCAUCAAAAGCUAUCUAAUGGUACAGCUUCAAGUCCAAAUUCAAUCAUAUCAACAACGAUUAUUAGCAAUGGAUCAUCAUCUUCAUUAAAAAAUGAACAACAACAACAACAACAAAAUGAACAAUUGCGACAAGAAAUACAAGAGCUUCGUACAAAAAUAUCUGCAAUGGAUGGUCGUAUCGAUUCAUUUAUAAAACAACAACAACAAUCAAUGGAUAAAAUGCAAACAACUAUCAAAGAUUUAAUGGAAAGUGAACGGAAAUCGAAAACAGUCAUGAAAGAUUUGAUUAACGAUUGGGCCGAACAGAAGAAAAAUAUUACAAUCAUCAUGAUUGAAUUAGAACGAUUGAAAAAAUUGAAUACAACUGUAUAAGACAAAAUCAACAAAUAACUUAUCCACAAUUGGUAUGGUCAAUGCAAAAUGGAAAAUUGAUUGAGAGGACUAGCGAUUAUUGAUGAAGAUCAAAAGCAAAAAAAAAAUGUAUUGACCUGAAUAUAUCAUUUUGUUUUUCUUACAAUAUUCCAUCAUAUGAAAAUAUAUAAUCAAUUUCGCGAAACAAUUCAAUUACAAACAUCGUAUUCAGAUCAUCACUGGUCACACUGGACAAGUCGCAUUCCAAUUUUUCUUAUUGGCGCUUUUAUUU